CACACUUUCAAAACAAGAGAUGUGGAGUUGGGUGGCAAUCUGGUGUGGCGUAGGGCGUUGAUGAACAAGAACAAACAAUACCAAAUCUAUCUCCCUGUAAUUAGCUCUCCUAAGUCCUACCUCUCCAACCAACCAUAUCCCCCACAUUACACCGCACACCCUCCCCGCCUUUAUUGUAUCGCCCGUCUUCCUUCAAACCCCCAACCGACUACUCUUUUAUUACUCCUCCACACUUCUCCCGCUGCCUCUCUCUCUGAGAUCUCGUUACCCAUCUCCCCCAUCUUCCACCACGUUGCCUCUUUCUCCUCCUUCUUGCACUCUCCCUUCAUAACCCAAUCUCAAGGGGGAAGAGAAUUCUUCGCGGUCCAGGAAUUGGGGAGACUCUUUGGUAGGACGGAAUGAAGGUCACAGUGGUUUCUCGCAGUGGCAGAGAGGUCAUCAAAGGAGGCCUCGACCUCAGCGAUUCGGCUACGGUGGCCGAUCUGCAAGAGGCAAUCCAUAAACGAACUAAGAAAUUCUAUCCAUCAAGACAGCGGCUUACUCUUCCCGUGCCAUCUGGUUCGAAAGAGAAGCCAACCGUCCUCAGCGCAAAGAAGAGCCUUAAGGAAUACACUGAUGGGAACUCAGACAGCUUGACCAUUGUUUUCAAGGACUUGGGUCCUCAAGUCUCCUACCGUACACUCUUCUUCUUCGAGUACGUUGGACCUUUGCUACUCUACCCCGUCUUCUAUUACUUCAAUGUCUAUGAAUUCCUCGGCUACAAGGGGUCCGAGCGUGUUAUCCACCCGGUUCAGACAUAUGCUCUGUACUACUGGUGCUUCCACUACUUCAAGCGUAUUAUGGAGACAUUUUUUGUGCACCGGUUUAGCCACGCCACAUCGCCUCUAUCCAACGUGUUCCGUAAUUGUGCGUACUAUUGGACUUUCGGCUGCUACAUUGCCUAUUACAUGAAUCACCCGCUCUACACUCCUGUUAGUGACCUUCAAAUGAAGAUUGGCUUCGCCUUUGGUGCACUUUGCCAAGUCUCGAACUUGUACUGCCACAUCUUGCUGAGCAACCUGCGCAGUCCUGAUGGAAGCGGUGGCUACCAAAUCCCACGUGGGUUUCUAUUCAAUAUCGUCACCUGUGCAAAUUAUGCAACGGAGAUUUAUCAGUGGUUGGGUUUCAACAUUGCAACUCAGACCGUUGCAGGCUAUCUGUUCCUUGUGGUUGCUGCUUCCAUCAUGACCAACUGGGCUCUUGCUAAGCACCGCAGGUUGAAGAAGCUGUUUGAUGGGAAGGAUGGACGACCUAAGUACCCACGCCGAUGGAUCAUACUACCUCCAUUCCUGUAGAGCCGAAUUGCUUCUCUACUCCCCUCUCCUGUUGGUUUCUUCAGAAAUGCUUCCUUGAUACUCAGAACACUCUUAUUCCGUGUCUUGGUGGAUCAUUCUCUACGGGGUUGCAGAUGGAAGGUCCUGGUUUUCCCAAUCAUCUCACUUAUGAAAUUGGGGCUUUCCGCUAUAGAAAUUGAUUGUUGGAAGCAGGGUGGGAUUAUCCAAUCCUCCUUGGCGAGCUUUCUACGAUCAAACUCUUGGUUAACGUUUUAUUUAUCCCCGUUUUCCUGGUUGUGUUGAGAUAGUUUAGACUGAAACAUUUGUUGUCUUAAUGAUCUUUGCUGUGGAGUGUGGUGUUGAGUCUCUUCUGGGCUAUGAAUUCUUGUUGUACUCUCUAAAGUUAUAAAGCAGGGUAUGUUAGGCUCACAUCCGAGUUCAUCUCAUUUCUUUUUGGGUGGUUUGGAUAAGAAAUUUUAACGAAACAAUCUCGUUUUGAGACAAACGGGC